GGGACCCACCCACCGGCGGGGCGGGAGGCGCCCAGGAUCGGACGAGGACCGGAGGUGAGGAGGUGACCGUGCCCAGGGCCUCUGCGUCGGGCUCGCUCCGUCUGGAGCUUCCCAUCCACUGCCCACCGCAUCCUCGGGGACUUGGCGAGGCCAAGGGAGCAACAGGGCAGCCAUGACGGAUCCCGAAGCCAUGGCUGAGGACCUGGACGCGCUCAUCGACGACUUUGACUACCUCCCCGGCCACUUCCACCUGGAGAUGCAGCUGAACUUCGAGCCGUGCGCGCCAGCCCCGUCGCGACCCCGCGAUCUGAAGCUGCAGCGAGAGCGCUUGCAGCAGGAGCUGGAGCUGGCGGCCGCGCGGCAGAGGCCCGCCUUGUGCCACCUGCUGGGCGCUCUGGCCUUCCACCUGGAGGAGCUGGAAGAGGCCCGCGAGCUCUUCCUCCAAGUGGCCCGCGAAGACCCCGGCAACCUCAACGCCUGGGCCAACCUGGCUCAUGUGUACGGGCGUCUGGGCCAGGAGGAGGAGGAGGAGGCGUGCGCCUCGAGGCUGGCGGGCCUCAUGGGCCUGGCAGAAGACCCCGAGGCCGCCGGGGACCCCCAGCUCCGCGCGGCGCGCUGCUUAGCGGAGCAGGGCUAUGCGCACGGCUUCGACGUGGGCUGUGCCAGUCCAGAAGAGCGCGCACGAGUGCUGGUGGCAGGCAUUGCCCUCUACGACAAGGCGAUCAGCUACGGGAAGCAGAUCCCCCAGGAGGAGAAAAGGGACUGGUACUUCACCAUGGCAACACUCUUCAUCAGGCUGGAUGGCAUCUUCCUGAAGCUGGGUAACGAGGAGCAGAAGAGGCUGCCAGCCUUCAACCGCAUGCUGGCUCUGCUCCGACAAGUCCUCAAGUCCUCGGACCCCCUCCAUCAAGCACUGGCCUGGUGCUACCUUGGCAUGCUGCUGGAGAGGAAGGACACCUUCUCUACCACCCCAAUGGGUGUUCAUGACUACGGAUACUCGGAGACUGACCCACUGGACUGCUUUGGCAAGGCCAUCGAGAUUGCCAAAGACCAACCUCCCAUCCUGAAUCGCCUGGCCAAAAUCUUCCACUUCCUAGGAAAGCAAGAUAUGGCCAUUGGAACCUGCAACAUGGCCCUGGAUGUCCUUCGAGACCCAGAGCUCAACUGGCAGGCAUACUGCACCAGGGCCAAGAUUCACAUCAGAGCCUACCUGCAUGACCUGGAGCGGGCGAAGGUGGGGCUGGGAGGCAUACCUGACAGGAACCACCUGGCCUGUGCCAAGGCUGACCUGGAAGAAGUAGUCAAGGUGUGCCCAGGCCUCAGGACGUACCUGGACAUCAGUCAGGUCUACUACUACAUGGGCGUGGACGCCGUGAAGGAGAUGCUGGCCGUGGACGAGGCGGCUCUCAACCAGGCGCUGGUCUUUCUCGCCAAGGCAGGCGAAUCAGAGCUGGGCGCGACACUGCCCGAGCUGCAGCUGCUGCGGGGCAAGUGCCUGAGAGUCCAGGGUGAAGAGGCCAACGCGGCUGCCUGCUUCAAGCGCGCCGUGGAGCUGGACGACGCCGGCUCCGGCCACACCGAGGGCUUCGGCUGCCUGCUGGAGACGCUGCUGGCGCAGUGGAGCCAGGCGCAGCUGAGCGAUGGCGAGCUGGGCUGCGAGGUGGACAUCUGGCUGCGCCUCGCCCAGGGCAAGUAUCCUGCGGCACGCCUGCGGCAGGAGCUGCAGCGCGUGUGGCGAGGACACACCGAAGAGGUGCUGGGACUGGCUCGGGCCUUGGUGGUCCAGGGACGGCCGGCCCUGGUGUGGCUGCUAUUCGAGACCAUGGAGCUGGAGGAGAACCCAUUCAGAAGUGUGCCACCUGCCUCCAAUCUUGAACUUUCUGUCAGAGAAUGAAGGAAAUCUUGGAACUUGACACACUUGGAUUCACAAUCCUAAAUCUUAGAUGUGGAAUUUGUCAAAGACAGAUUCUAAUUGCCACCAAAUUGCUGGGCUGGAUUCUUCACCCUCCCAUAUAAGAGCUAAUUUAAACUCCGAAUCCAGAAUCAGUUCUUGUCAAACUCUAGGGCUAGUUGCACAUAAUUGCAACAAGAUCUCCACAGGGUUUAUGGGUCCUUUGCAUCUUUUGCUUUCUUUGGAGAGCUGUACUCCUUGUAUUGCUCAUGUCCCUGAUCCUCAGGCUUGACCUGAAUCUCAAUAGCCACUGGUGGAUAGACAGACCAAAGUGCAGUGCCAUCGGUCAAACCCUACAAUCCCUUCACUGCACACAUGGAAAAACAGAGCCAAGAAGGGAAGUGGCUUGCAAACCACCCAUCUAUCCUCCUCAACCUGUACCUCAGACUGAGUUUUUUUUUCUUUUGUCAGUCCUGGGGCUUGAACUCUGGGCCUGGGCACUGUCCCUGAGCUUCUUUUGCUCAAG